CGACGACGACGCGCGGCCUGUUGGGGUUUUCUUUGAAAGUGAAAGCGCCCUGGGCGCGCAGAGGCAGCGGGAAAGGCUUGCGCGGCUGCGUUAGACGGGAGGGAGAAGGGGGAGCGGAGGGCGGAGAUUGCAAGCCCCCCCCCCCCGCGCGCACUCAGGGCGGGCUCGGUUUGUUCCUGUCGCUGAGAGGAGGCGGAGGGAUUCUCGCUGAGCCGCCUUCGCCGCCGCCGUUUCCUGACGCGAAGGGACUCGGGGAUCCUGGAAACUGGCGGGGUGAUGUGUUUGGGCCGGGGGGCGGCGGCGGCGCUUUUGCUGCUGCCGCCGCCUCUGUUGCCGCUGGAGAAAGGAGGCGACGACGACGAAGAGGAAGAGGAGGAAGACAAGGGGGCUCGGGCCAGGGGGGGCCGUUGCCCGGCGGGCCCGGGCUUGGGGGGGAGACGGAUGCCGCGGAGCAGCGCGCGGCUGCGGGGUGUAGUUGUUGCUGCCGCCGCCGCCGCCAGCGAGGGGAAGGGUCGGAGAGGCCGAGCCGGAGAAGGAGCGGAGGAGGCAAAGAUCAGGAGGAGCCGCCGCGGCAGCAACAGCAGCCCUGAAAUGUCUUCCCCUCUCCUCCAGCGGCCAUGUUAACCACCAGGAAACCUUCUGCCAGUGCUGCCGGGGCCGCGGGAGCCGGCGGAGCCGCGGCUGCUUCGUGCCCAGCCGCAGGCAGCCGGGGAGGAGGCGACAGCGCCCGCCAGUUCCAGUCUUCCCCGGGGAUCGGGGCCGGAGGGGCCUCCCGGGCGGGCGCGGGGACCGGGCCGCCAUCCCCCAUCGCUUUGCCGCCGCUCAAGCCCAGCAGCGCCGCCCACACGGUUGGUGGAAAUAAGCACACAAUGAAUGAGCACCUACAUGUUGCCAGUCACGGGCAGAUCCAGGUUCAGCAGCUGUUUGAAGACAACAGCAACAAAAGGACCGUUCUGACGACGCAACCAAAUGGGCUUACAACAGUAGCGAAGUUGGGAUUGCCAGUGGUGCCAGACAGACAACUGGACAGUGCUCAUAGGCGGCAGGGGAGCUCCAGCUCUUUGAAGUCUACAGAAGGGCCAGGGAAGGUGAAAGCCUCCCCCAUGAUGCCAGAUCAAGCAAUGAAGCAAUACAUGCAAAAACUAACAACCUUCGAGCAUCACGAGAUCUUCAGCUACCCUGAAAUAUAUUUUGUGGGUCCAAAUGCGAAAAAGAGGCAAGGUGUAGUUGGUGGUCCAAACAACGGGGGAUAUGAUGACGACCAGGGAUCAUACAUGCAAGUUCCGCAUGACCAUGUGUCCUACAGAUACGAGGUCCUGAAGGUUAUUGGGAAAGGAAGCUUUGGGCAAGUGGUGAAGGCCUACGAUCACAAGAUGCAUCAGCAUGUGGCCCUGAAGAUGGUGAGGAACGAGAAGCGUUUCCACCGUCAAGCUGCAGAAGAAAUCAGAAUCCUGGAACACCUUAAAAAGCAGGACAAGGAUAACAACAUGAACGUGAUCCACAUGCUGGAAAACUUCACAUUCCGCAACCAUAUCUGUAUGACAUUUGAGUUGCUGAGCAUGAACCUUUACGAGCUCAUCAAGAAAAACAAAUUUCAGGGCUUCAGCCUGCCCUUGGUCCGCAAGUUUGCCCACUCUAUUUUGCAGUGCUUAGAUGCUUUGCACAAAAACAGAAUAAUUCACUGUGACCUUAAACCAGAGAACAUUCUGUUGAAGCAACAGGGUAGGAGUGGCAUUAAAGUGAUUGACUUUGGCUCCAGCUGUUACGAGCACCAGCGUGUCUACACUUACAUUCAGUCACGUUUCUACCGCGCUCCAGAAGUUAUCCUCGGUGCUCGUUACGGGAUGCCCAUAGACAUGUGGAGCCUGGGCUGCAUUCUAGCCGAGCUCCUAACAGGCUAUCCCCUCUUACCAGGGGAGGAUGAAGCGGAUCAGCUGGCUUGUAUGAUAGAACUGCUGGGGAUGCCUUCUCAGAAAUUGCUGGAUUCAUCCAAAAGAGCAAAAAAUUUUGUGAGUUCUAAGGGUUAUCCCCGAUACUGUACCAUUACUACCUUGUCCGAUGGUUCUGUGGUGCUCAACGGUGGCCGUUCCCGGAGGGGCAAAUUGCGCGGCCCUCCAGAGAGCAGAGAGUGGGGGAGUGCAUUGAAGGGAUGUGACGACCCUCUCUUCCUUGACUUCUUGAAACAGUGUUUAGAGUGGGAUCCUACUUUGCGCAUGACGCCUGGUCAGGCUUUGCGGCACCCCUGGCUAAGGAGACGUUUGCCAAAGCCUCCAACUGGGGAGAAGACAUCAGCGAAAAGAAUAGCAGAAAGCACUGGUGCUAUCACGUCAAUUUCCAAGUUACCUCCUACUUCAAACUCAGCAUCAAAACUGAGAACUAAUCUGGCACAGAUGACUGAUGCCAAUGGGAAUAUUCAGCAAAGGACAGUGUUGCCAAAACUUGUUAGCUGAGUUUGAAUAAUCUGAUGCUGAUAAAAAAAACAAAAACAAACAUUAUGUCACUGAGCCUUACUCAUAUAAAAAGUAGCUCAGAUUUCUAUUUUUAUUUGCUCGGUAACUUCAAACAUUUGUAUUUUUUCAGCACUCACUUUAAAUGUGUAAGAAAAGUUGGUUUUGAUUUUAUAUAUAUAUAUAAAAAUAACAUGGGGACAAUGCUUUAAGUUUUUAUACUUUUUUAAAAAUGUUUUUUCUUCUAAACAACAGUUAGCCUUACUAUGGGAAAUUAGUGUGGCACAAUAAGUCUCAGUGGCAGGCCACUGGUUGCAACAUAACCAUCCUACAUUAUAGUUUGAUGGAGAGCAGGGUCUAUGUCCCUCUCCCAUCCCAUAGUUGAUACCGGCAUUUCUUGGAGUGAACUUUUAAUACUUUCUUAUUCCUGGUUUUUGUUAUAGCAGUAGAUUCCAGUCCUGCGAACAUUUACCUGCAUUUAUUUUUUUUUUGACGAUACAGAAAACAUUCAGGGGUACAAGUCAGACACUCUGUAUGACUCUUUUUAAGAAUUUGUAUCCAUAAGUAUGGAUAAUGAACAGAUUUCUACAUUAUACUUAUAAAUAUUUAUUAUAUAACAGUGAAAAAGUUGCAUCCGUAGAGGGCUUCCAUCAGGCGCAUUCACAGCAGCGCCUUGUGCUUACCCCAUAUCUCAAUUGGCUGUUUCCUGUCAGGUGUUCAGGGUUACUCUGAAUGCUAUGGAUCCUAGUGUACACCUGUACUGCCAUUCCAGCUUCUUUUAUACUGUGGGAAUAGACAAGAGUUUAACAGUUUCAGUAGCUGAGUCCUGCGUCAUCCUGUACAGCCUCUGUGUUACCCAGAAGGCUUGUCGGUUUGGUACCUCAAAUAGCCUUGGCUGUUCCUUCUGACUCCCAUUUCCAAGCUGUUAGGUCUUUUUGACAGAGGCAGCCAAUAUGAUAGGAGCUACCCUCUUCCUUCCACCAGGUUCUGUACUGUGCAAUUCCUAAGGCAACCUCCGGAUGGAUAACUAGCAUUCAUUUUUACCCUCUACUCUUUUUAUAGGCUGUGAAUAACUACUGCAAGGGGUAGCCAGUGCGGUGCCUCUCCCAGGUAUUGUUGGGCUGAAAUGCUCGUCAUCUAGGCGUGGUUGGCUGUGGCUAAUGGAGAUUGGUAAAUACCACCCCUGAACCACUGGGCUGUAUCAAAUUAGGCACAAAUGUAAUUUAGCUUUAGGAUUGGAGCCCCAUAUGGUGAUAUACACCUGUGCUUUUCCCCCCCUUUCAGUUCUGCCCCACUGAUUUCUAAAAGUGGCUUGCUAAAUUUGAAUAUGAAAGGGGAUGGGCAAACUGUGUUGAAAUGCAUUCUCCAUAAACAAUGGAGACAUACUGGAUUAUUUCUCUUGCUGAGAAUGGGUUCAGGCCCAAUUUAUUGGCUUGGCAAAAGUAUCAGGUGCGCUAAAACUCCGAAGGUUUGGCUCAGGACUAGUGCAGUCCCAACACCGCACAUGUGCACGGGUGGGCAGAUAACGUUUGUGCAACGCACAAUUGCCACGUUCACCAAGCCCUCACCUAAUAGUUCUCCCUCAAAUCAGCAGAAGCAUUUAUUAUUAUUAUUAUUUGUAUAAGCAUCCUUAAAUAUGAUUAAAAUGUUCUUCAGAAAUGAACUAGCACCCAUACUAGAAUGUUAGGUCAUGAUUUUUUAAAAAAAAAAGAAGAAGGAGGAAGGUGAAGAUGUGAACUCUAAAAUUUGUUGUAAUUUCUAAAGGCAAAGUCAUGCAAAUUGCAAUAAUUUAUGCAGAAUUUUAAGCAUUCAGAACCCAUGACAUGCACAUUUGUAUUCUACCCCCCCCAACACACACACAUACACUUUUGCUUGCUUAAAAUCACUUAGCCGUUUUUGCAUCGUCUAGGUAUCCUCCAGAUGUUUCUACAAAGUUCUCUUCCCCACCCCCACCCCAAGACUGUCAUAGGCUGGGUUCAUAUGACACACUAAGCCAAAUCUUGGUUUAGCAAGAUGGUAUGAGCUUAACAAGCAUCUGGAGAGGAGCUCACAGCCACUUCACUCCUCCCCAAUCCUUUUUGCUACCGCAAUAAGUAGUGUGUUGGUCAAACUGGGGCUCAGGGUUAAGCCAUACCUUGGCUUGGCUUAGCAUGGUAGCCAAAGGGAUUGGGGAUGGGUGAAGUGUUGGAGGCAACCUAAAAAGUCAUCCAGUCCAACCCUCUGCUCAUUAGGAAACGUGCUCCUACAGCAUCCCUGUCAGGUGGCUACCUAACCCAUGCUUAAAAACAUCUAACCAGAUUGGUAGUCUUCAGGCCCAAUCUGCCAGGAAAUUCUCCCCUAUAAUCUGUGCAAGAGCAUUAUAAUGGGGCUUGCACAAGAGAACAUCCUGGUGGCUUGUGCCUCUUGCCUCACAGACCAUUGUACCUUUAGAUCAAAGCAGCCUUCUGAGGCUGACAUUAUUUUGCUUUUUAUGUAACCUGCAUUUGGGAUUUUAAAAUGUAACUCUAAAAAGCAAUAUACUAUCUAACCAUUAGCGCUGUGCUGUGUAUUACAAUUGUUGUAGGAUACAUCUUUAAACACCUGUGUAUGCACAUCAGAUUUCCCAGAUGUGUGUACUGCUGGAGUGUUUAAACAUGUGCUCACAUGCAUGUUUGUUAUUAUUAUUUUGGCACCGCAUGCAUUUCAUGCUGAAAAUGCCUGUGUAACACCAGUAUUUCAUGCGAUAGUUGCAUUGUGUAGCACUGCCACCGACACCUGGAGAUACUACUUGAAUAUUUAAGGGGAUGUCUGUGAGACUUCUAGUAACCUGUGGAGUUGCAUCUCUUCUUCUCAUGCCCUUCGUAGUGGAACAUUGAGAUUUGUCAAAAGCCUUGUUAAAACAAGUAGAUGUGAUUGGUUUUUUAAAAUAAUAAUAAUAAUAAUAAAGAGCAAAUUAAGAGGUGAGACAACUUUAAAAACAGACUCCGUGUAGGAUGCGCUUUGUAACCCUGGUAUACUCCAAAAGCUUGUAUGGGGAGAAAAAUUAAAAGACAAUUACAGUUUUGUGUCGCACCAUGAGAGUUAAAGAAAAGUUUGAAGGAAUGAGUAGACAUAUAUGUGGAUUUUUCUGUUCAUUUGCAUUAUUAUCGCAGUGAUAGAUUGAUCUGGUCUAUUUCAGACACCUUUGACCUGCUCACAUAUUUCUCCUGUCCAAGA